AUGCAUCUAUAUGACGGGACCACUGACCCGAGACACCAUCUAAGCAACUUCAAAAGUCGGAUGUACUUAGCUGACGCCUCUAAUGCUACUCGCUGCAAGGCCUUCCCGACAACCUUGACAAAUUCGGCCAUGAAAUGGUUUGACAGCCUGCCACCUAGGUCAGUUACCAGUUUCGACGAUCUUGCACGAAAAUUCCUUACACAAUUUUCAAUUCAAAAGGACAAGGUCAAGCACGCGCCCAGUCUAUUCGGAGUAAAACAGGAGGUCGGCGAGUCCCUCAGAGACUACAUGAAGAGAUUCAACAACGCAUGUUUAGAAAUCCAGAACUUAUCCAAUGAGGCAAUAAUAAUGGGACUAGUUAAUGGCCUCCGAGAAUGCCCCUUUUUCCAGUCUAUUUCAAAGAGGCACCUAACAUCCUUGAGUGACGUACAAGAACGAGCUAAAAAGUACAUCAAUAUGGAAGAAAAAACCAGGCUGCGAGAACCGAACUGGCGACUAGGGAACCCUCACAUAGCACGAGAAAAAGAAAAAGAGCCUAAGAAGAAAGAAGAAUACAACUCGGAGAAACCUAGGUGGUAUCACAAUUACACCCCGCUACGAGUUUCUCUCGUGGAUGUCUAUAGGGAAAUCUGUCACACCGAGAAGCCCCCUCCCCCCCGGCGCGGCCGAUCAAAAAUAACAAAGGGGGAAGUCGCAACGAGUACUGCAAGUACCAUAAGCUGUAUGGGCACUCCAGAAAAUGACUAUUACGACUUAAAAAAUGUGAUAGAAAAACUGGUCAGGGAAGGUCGGUUAGAUAGAUAUCUCAUGGAAAGAUCGAACGGUCAUGGAAAGAGGAAGAGAGAUGAUGAAGAAGUCAGCCGAAGAGGUCAGCCCCCACAAACUCCAGAGCGACAUAUUCACAUGAUAGCAUGA